AAGUGGUCGACACCAAGGCCGUGUAUUUCUUCAACUUGACUUCCAUGCAGGAUUCGGAAAUGAUCCUCACAGCUACCUUCCAUUUCUACUCAGAGCCCCCACGGUGGCCCCGGGCACGUGAGGUGCCCUGCAAGCCCCGAGCCAAGAAUGCGUCAUGCCGGUUGCUGACUCCGGGUCCACCAGUGCGCUUGCACCUGGUCUUCCGAAGCCUCUCCCAGAACACAGCUACCCAGGGGCUGCUCCGAGGAGCCAUGGCUCUGGCGCCCCCACCACGGGGCCUGUGGCAAGCCAAGGACAUCUCGUCCAUUGUCAAGGCGGCCCGCAGGGAUGGAGAGCUGCUCCUCUCUGUCCAGGUUGAUUCUGGGGAGAAGGACCCUGGGGUACCCAGGCCAGGCCCCCAUGCACCCUAUAUCCUUGUCUAUGCCAAUGACCUGGCCAUCUCAGAGCCCAACAGCGUGGCAGUGACGCUGCAGAGGUAUGACCCUUUCCCAGCUGGAGACCUCGAGCCCCGCGCUGCCCCCAACAGCUCAGCGGACCCCCGUGUGCGCCGGGCAGCACAGGCCUCUGCGCCCAUGCAUGACAACGAACUGCCAGGGCUGGACGAGAGGCCCGCACAUGCCCCACACACCCAGCACUAUCACAAGCAUGAGUUCUGGCCCAGUCCAUUCCGGGCACUGAAACCCCGCACCGGGCGCAAGGACCGCAGGAAGAAGGGCCAGGAUGCAUUCAGCACCUCCUCACAGGUACUGGACUUCGAUGAGAAGACAAUGCAGAAAGCCCGGAGGAGGCAAUGGGAUGAACCACGGGUCUGCUCCCGGAGGUACCUGAAGGUGGACUUUGCAGACAUCGGGUGGAAUGAAUGGAUCCUAUCACCCAAAUCCUUUGACGCCUAUUACUGCGCAGGGGCCUGCGAGUUCCCCAUGCCCAAGAUUGUCCGCCCAUCCAAUCACGCCACCAUCCAGAGCAUCGUCAGGGCUGUGGGCAUUGUCCCUGGCAUUCCAGAGCCCUGUUGUGUUCCAGACAAGAUGAACUCCCUCGGAGUCCUUUUCUUGGAUGAGAACCGGAAUGUGGUUUUGAAAGUGUACCCUAACAUGUCUGUAGAGACCUGUGCUUGUCGGUAAGACGGCUCCAGGCUGGAAGGCAGUCAUGCCCCAUCCCUUCCCUAAAAAAUGGCAUUCUUGGGGCCAGGGCUUGACUGGGGGCAGUUCCAGAUACAGGGCAGAGUUUGCAGGCAGUCCUGCUGGGACCUAGAAAGAUCUAUCAGGACUUCAUGCUGGAAGCUGCCCUUACUAGUGACAGCUCUGUAAAUGUUUGAGUUCCAGAAGGAAUCUGGAAUUAGCCCUGGUCUCAAUGUUGCCUAUCAGCCCUGCCAGUAUUUCCAAGGCCUGGAAAUAGGACGUGUCCACAGUAUCGCCUGCGUGUGUUCAUCAUCUCAAAACCUGAGAAGACUAUGCAAAUCUUAUGGUGCUCACCUCCGUCACAGUUUAAAUGCUCAUUAAAAAACCCUCAAGCUGCCUACUGGAAACAGGGCCUCAAUCAUGGCAUAAAUGGGUACUUUCUCUUACAUUUCACUGCAAAUGUUUUUAUACAUACAAUAUGCACAUGUAACUGAUGUUGGUUUCUUUCCUUUAAUAUAUAUUUUAUUUUAAGACAAAAAGGAGAAAGUUGACCCCAUUCCCCACAGACAUAAUCAUGCUGGUUAGAUGUGGGUUGUUUAAACAUGCAUACAGAAAUAACACAUACAGUAAUAAGUAAUAUGUUGGAAUACUAAAAAAAUAACCAAGAUUUUAUAUUUUUGUAAGUUAUACUUUGUAUACUCUAGAUGGUGUGUUUUGUGUGUUUAUGAAAAGCUAAUAAAUUAAAGGUAUAGAAUCUGGAAAAACUGGAUGUCAGAUACUCCAAAAUAUCCAUUGCUCCCUACUUAGCCAUAAAUAAAACAUAUUGGU